AUGGCUUUUUCUUACGCUGCUUUCUUUCUUUUAGUAAUUUGUAUUUACAAACCUGUAAGUUCCCAGAAAAACCACUCAAACUUGAUAAGUUUGGGUUCUUCACUUUCCACCAACGUCCGACCAACUUCAUGGCGCUCACCUUCUCGCAGAUUUGCCUUUGGGUUCUACCCACAGCGCAGUGGCUUUAUAGUGGGAAUUUGGUUGGCGGGUAAGCCAGAUGAUAUAAUCACCUGGACAGCAAACCGAGAUGACCCUCCUGUGCCAUCAAAUGCUAAGCUAGAGUUAACCAUACAUGGUAAGCUCCUUCUAAGAACAUAUGCGAACAAUGGGGUCAUUGAAGAGAAACUCGUUGCUAAUAUAGAGGAGUCAGCUUCAAACGCUGUUUUGCUUGAUUCUGGAAAUUUAGUGCUCUACAAUGAACAUUCUGAUGUAAUUUGGGAGAGUUUCAACUUUCCUACAGAUACGAUAUUGGGAGGCCAGAAUCUACAUGCCGGGGGUGAACUGUUAUCCAGAGCAUCUACAGCCAACUUGUCAACAGGAAGGUUUCAUCUUAAAAUGCAAUAUGAUGGGAAUCUUGUUUUGUAUCCCACAAACACUCUAGACACUCCACUAGAUUCUUAUUGGAACACUGAAACUCCUGAGUCCGCUGGUUCCCAUCUAUAUGUAAAUUAUUCAGGAGACUUGUUACUUCUUAGCAACACUUCGGUCAGAGUUAAAACUGUGUUUGACUCUGAUUCAGAAUCUUACAGCACUUCAAUUAUCUACCGCGCAACAUUGGAGUAUGACGGAAUUUUUCGAUUGUAUUCGCAUAACUUUGACAGCAAAGGUGCCUACACUACAUCUCUUACGCAUUAUGAACCAGAUAGUCAGUGCGAAGUAAAGACUUUCUGCGGGCUCAACAGCUACUGCACCAUGAACGACGAUCAACCUUACUGCCGUUGUCUUCCUGGCACUGAUUUUGUCAAUCCCGACCAGAUAUAUCAUGGAUGCGAGAGAAACUACCAUGAAGAAUUAUGCAAAGUUGCAGAAGAAACAUCGUUAUAUAGCAUUACUGAUAUGGAGAAAAUGACUUGGGAUGACAUUCCUUAUUUUGAAAAAUCCGUGUCUGAAGAAGAUUGCAGAAGGUCCUGUUUGCAGGACUGUAACUGUGCUGGUGCGUUGUAUGAAUCCGGGGACUGCAAGAAACAGAAGUUCCCAGUGAAAUAUGCUAGGAGAACGCCAGAUGGUUCGUCAAAGCUUUUCUUCAAAGUGGGUUUGAAGAGUAUCGACAGCAGAAACCGAUCCACUGCACCUGCAUUGAAGCCUCCGGUGGUUCUAAAGACAAGCAAGAAGACGGUGAUGCUCAUUUUUGUUAUGAGCGUCGCCUUCACUGCAUGCUCUUCUGUCGCCAUUGCAAUUUCUGGGUUUUUCAUCUCUAAGUCGAGAGUUGUUAAGAGACGAAUGCUGCUACGAAGUGGAAAUUUUGGCUUGGCCCAUGAGCUCACUCUGAGAGCAUUUUCAUAUCGUGAGCUUAAAAAGGCAACCAAGGGUUUCAAAGAGGAGUUGGGCAAGGGAUCGUUUGGAGCAGUUUACAAAGGUACUAUAUGCAAAGGUAAAAGAGUUAUUGCAGUGAAGAGGCUGGAGAAGUUGAUGAGUGAAGGGCCAGAUCAAACAAGAACCUUCACGACAGUCAGAGGGACACGAGGUUACUUGGCACCUGAAUGGCAUAAGAACGCUCCUAUAUCAGUGAAGGCAGAUGUUUACAGUUACGGAGUUGUGCUAUUGGAACUUGUUUUCUGCAGGAAAAAUAUAGAAACUAACGUAUCAAAACCAGGGGAAGUUGUACUUUCUAACUGGGCAUACGAGCUUUUGGUUGCGAGAGAAUUGGACAGGCUUAAUCUUGGUGAAAAUGUAGACUGGCAGAAUCUGGAGAAAAUGGUUAUGGUAGGUAUUUGGUGUAUUCAAGAUGAACCAGGUCUCCGUCCCUCUAUGAAGUGUGUUGUGAUGAUGUUAGAAGGAAUUACCGAUGUGCCUGUUCCUCCACGUCCAACUGCAGCUUCAGCAUAA